GCGAAGUGAACGGUUCGUUCAAAUGUAAUUUAAAAACAGUGUAAAAAAAACAGUUUUUAUUCAAAGUAUACUAGAUUACAUGUAAUUUAUGAAGACAGUAUGGCAUCUAGCAAAAGAUGUAGAGAGAGCAUGAAGCUUGAGGUGGCAGAGUGCCUGGAGCACGCCCUGGAGCAGCUUCGAGACAUCUGGGAUGAAAUCGGCAUCUGUGAAGAUCAACGUGUAGAUCGUCAGAAUGUGGUCAUGCACCACAUGCGCAACCUGCUGAGCGAGAUGGUGAUAGAGGAGAAGGAGUUACGUAAACGGCUUCUUGCCAGCGUGGAGAAAUCCAGUCAGGAGCUGAUCCAACUCAGCCAGGAGUUGGAAAUCAAGAAUUUUGAGGCAGAGGAAGGCCUAACUAUCCUACAACUUGAGAAGGUUCUUCGCCUGAAGGUAGACACACUCUCCAAAGAGAGACAAGAGCGCAUGGUGAAGCUUAAAAGCCUCAAGGACAAGGAGCAGAAUUUGUGUGAUCUCCUGUGCACCACGCCAAACUACAUCCCUACUGGUACGGUCCCCACAGCGGAGCAGCUUGAGGCGUUAGAGGAGCACAUUCAAUCACUGACCAAAGAAAAGGAUUCACGCCAGUUGACGCUAAGCAACACCAAGAAGCAGAUCAUAGAGCUUCUGGAGUUUCUUGAGCAAGGACCAAAUACAUCCUUUGAGCGAGACAUCGUCUGUGAAGAAGAGGAGUCAUUCCUCCUUUCCAGGGAGAACAUGGAAGCCCUUAAAGUCCUUCACCAGGAGUUGGAGUUUAAGGAGAAAGAGAACCAGGGUAUUGCGGAUAGUCUAAGAGAACAUAUUGCCAGCUUGUGGAACAGACUACUCUUCCCUAAGGAGGAGGUCGAGGAGUAUCUAGCCAGCCAUUCUGCCCACAAACCGUCAGAUCUUAAAGUGCUACGAGAAGAACUGGACAGACUUGAAGAAUUGAAGAAACAGAAUCUGAAGAGAGUGACAGAGGCAAGUCGUGAUGAGAUCAGCCACUGGUGGGACCAGUGUUACUACAGCCGGUUACAACGCAAUGACUUUGCUGCCUUCUACGAUGAUGAGUUUACUGAGGAGGUUUUACUGCAACACGAUGAGGAACUUGCUCGAGUCAAAGCCUACUACGAGGAGAAUAAAGAGAUUCUUGAGAGUGUUAAGAAGAGGGAGGUCAUGUGGAAGAAGAUGUUGGAGUUUGAGAAGAAAGCCAACGAUCCUAAUCGCUACAACAACAGAGGGGGUAAUUUACUACAGGAGGAGAAAGAACGCAAAAAGAUUAACAGGGAUCUUCCGAAGCUGGAGAAGACACUGGCCGAGAAGAUCAGCCUAUAUGAAGAGAUAAAGGGAUCUCCAUUCUUAGUGGAUGGCUGCCACUUUAUGGACUACGUACAGAUGCAAUGGGUGGCUCAUGAACAGAGCAAGAAAGUUCAGAAAGAAGAAAGGGUAAAAGCCAAACACCAACAGCUGGAGACGGAGAUGACGUUCGGUAGCAAACCAAAUACACCCGCAAAGAGGCGCUUCAACACAACAUGCUCAGCCAAAACCCCGACCAACAAGAGGAUGAAAACAAUGAAUGGGAGCACAUUCGCCCAGUCGCCAAGACUAGGCGUGACCCACAGCAGCAUUAUGCCCUCCCCCUCGCCAGCCAGACGACCCCCGAGGGCCUGUAGAGCGACUCCCACAAACAUCAAGACCCCUAAGCGUGUACUGAAACAGACAGGUCGUAUUUCACAUCGCAAGGCUCUAGCUGAGAGAAAUGCCGACAUGAGCCACGCAUUCAGUACUAGUACUAUCAGCGGAGGACUACAGAGUGUCGGACUGAGUAACAUGUCCAUCACAUCCGCAUGUUCUUCCUACUCGGACUUUGCUAGAGAUCUAGAGGGCAACAAGCGUAAUAACUGUCGGAGCAGCACGGCCCCAAGCCCAACCAACCUAACAUCAAGUCGAGCACGCAUCACACUACUAUAGACAUCAUCAACUGAUCUGACUAGAGACAUCUAUUCUGGUUGUGCAUGGUAAAUUUAUCUACGGUUUUAAUAAGCGUGUCAUUCAAUGCUUAGUGUCUUUAAUUCAAGACAAGGGCCCAAUUUCAUAGAGCUGUUUAGCAGAAAAUACUGCUUGACGAAUUUCUCUGCCAAGCAAAAUGA